AUGGCCAUGUAUAAGAUCGCACCAGUGCUCCAGCAGUACAGCAUCGAGGACAAAGAGAUAAUGUACAAAGUGGCGCCGAUCCAGAGCAUCGCGCAGGCGGACGCAGCUCCUCUCGACCUCGAAGUCGUCGAAAGCCAGCAGAACGAGCUCUUCGACAAGCUUAACUCUCUCAGCUCGCGAGUGAACACAGUAAUGAGCGUGCUUUCAAAGAGCGCAGCUACUAUUCCGAAAUCGAACAACGGCGUCAAAUUCAUCGAAAAAUCGAAGCCCCUCGAUAUUGUUAUGAAAAUCAAUCCAUCGCAAUGCAUCCCCACAGGUCUUUCGAAAAUGUGCGAUCAACUGGCGAACCGCGUUAAAGUCGAAGUCAAGACGCUGGUCCACUCGAGUGCCACUGGCUGCGACUGUCAAAUCUUCAAAGCGACGCCCAACCAGGGCAAGACCACCGGCCAAGUCGUGCUCACAGUCAUCUACACUACUGCUGUCCCGGAGACGACAAUUUCAGUCCGCGGCGCUACAGUUUCGGGAAUUGGAAAUGUCUCGCGAUUUUUCGGAAAGCUCUUGGAUAUCUACCCAGAAACGGGAGCAAACGAAGUUUCAGUUGAAAACUGGCUGGACCUAGCCGAUCUCAUUUCGGACCCAAACACGGCGGUGAAAGAGCGAAUGGCCCAGCUGAAAUCUUUAGACGCCCAUCUCUCCAAAAAUAAGUUUGUUUGCGGAAAAGAAGUGACAGUUGCCGAUUUCGCAGUUGUAUCUGCUGCUCUUUGUGUCGACCCGAAGAAGCAUGGGAAGUCGUUGAAGGCGAGUCCGGGCAAAGUGGAUGACGAAUCAGUUCCAAACGCAAACUUUCCCGAAUCACUGGACAAUGGUGACGGGUCUCCACGAGGAGUCGCACGGAAUCGUGGCCAACAAGUUCAAAGACCCGAAAACUGGGAAGCGCUUCGACUACCACAACACUUCGUCUUGGAACGAAUCCCCGAGUUUUGGGGCGGUGAACCGAUUUGGAAAACCAACCAAAAGGCUGGCCACAAGUCGGCGGUGCAGUUCUGGGUAGGCUCGGAGCUCAAAUCGCAGCUGCCGACUUAUUGGGAGGCCUUCAAUGCUUCCAAACCCUUCAUGUCGCGGGUAGACACGAUCGUUGAGCAGCUGCAGUACGAAGACGUUACUCUUGGCUUACUUUACUUCGAAGAGCCUGACGCAACUGGACACAAGUAUGGCCCCGAUAGCCAGGAAGUCAACGACAAGCUAGAAGAGCUGAACAACGUCUUUGGCUACUUGAUCCAGCAGCUGGAAAAGAACGAUCUUUUGGAAAACGAACAUCAUCACUUUAUGGAACUCAUCGACAUCGACAACUCGUACGGGUACGACUGCAACGCCGGAAUCGCGCCAAAGAAUGACUCUGUGAAAGAACUCUUGUACCAGCGACUGGUUGACCUGAAAGAUCCAAAUUUGAAAGUGUGGCUGAAAGAAGAGAUCCCCGCCGAUCUGUAUUACUCGAACAACGACCGAAUUCAAGAUAUCUGGCUCUCCUCAGAAGUCGGCUACGCCAUCGUCUACUCCGAAGACGACUGGGGAAAGACAGGCAACAAAUUCUCGAAUUACGGAUUGCUGGGAAUGCACGGCUUCGACCCGCACUCUGCAGACAUGCAUCCGAUCUUCUUCGCUAGAGGACCCGACUUCGCGAACAAAAGAGAAGAGCAAGAACCGUUCACGAACUUGGACCUCUAUCCGCUCUGCUGCUUCCUCCUCGGUGUCGAGCCAGCGCCCAAUAAUGGCUCUCUCGCUGAAUUACAUGCCUAUCUCGUGCGCCCGCUGGACCUAGCCCUACCUAUCGCGAUGGGCGUGCUGUUUUCCUUCUUCAUCCUUUUGGUGAUCGUCUACGCCAUCUACCAACAGUUCUGGAAGUGGAAGCCGCUCACCCUCCUCCAAGACCAAGACCAAUCAAAUAUUCAAUAUCGCGGACUCAGCUAA